AUGCUCAGGAGUCUUGCUCGACUUCCUUUCCGGCGCAACGCUUUCAGUCUUUCUCGAACAUUUGGAUUUCCUUUGUCGUUAUCCACUGUCGCUCUCACAACAACAAAAUCGCCAGUUCCAAGCGACAAGUCCCGCAAAAUGCCAUCCUCCUCCUCCGUUCCGCUUCAACCACCACCAGCGCCGGCCACAACGCGCCGUCCAACUGGUCCUGUUCCUUUUCUCGAAUACCCAUCUCCCAAUGCCACAAGCACCAGCAUCUUUAACAGCAGCAACAGCAACACGACGACAAAACCAAAGCGCUACCUCCUCUUCUUCAUCUCCGGCAACCCCGGCCUAAUCGACUACUACGCCCCCUUCUUCAACCACUUGCGCUCCCUCCUCAACGAACUCGAAUCCAAGUCUUACUCCUCACCAGACCAACAGCCCAUAACCUUCCACAUCUACGGCCAGAACCUCAUCGGCUUUUCGGACUCCGACCACACCCCCUUUGUCCCCGGGUCCCCAGAAACGGAACCGUUUCUCUUGGAAGAGCAGAUUUCCCACCUUUACUCCUCUCUCGUCACUCUGAAUGAACAGAAAGGACCCUUCGACGAGAUAAUCCUAGCGGGGCACUCAGUCGGCAGUUUUUUGGCUCUGGAAAUCUUGCACCGCUCUCUUCAGUCCUCUUCCCCUUCCCAGUUGUUGCCAAUAAGCACAGCCCUCCUCCUCUUCCCCACCAUCCACCAAAUGCAUCUCUCCCCCUCCGGGCUUCACCUGUCUCGAAUCCGGUCCAUCCCUUUUCUCAACAACUACGCGCAUGUUCUCGCCAAGUCCUUCGUUGACCUUGUACCUGGGUUCGCGCUGCGGUGGAUUACCCGACGAGUACUAGGCAUGAGCGAGCAUGGAAGCAAGGUUACUACAAGGUUCUUGCAGAGCAGGGACGGAAUCUGGCAGGCGAUUCACUUGGGGAAGGACGAGAUGGGUGUUAUUAGGGAUGGGGAGGGGCGGUGGGGGUGGUGGUCUUCUUCAUCUGGUUCUGUCUCUACCUCUGGUUCAUCAGCAGAAGGGGAGGGGGAAAGGGAAGGGGAAGUGGUAGCCAAAGAAAUUGAAACAGUCGAGUCAGAUUGGGAAGAAGUUGAUCGGCAAAUCCGUCAGGAACACGCACACAAUCAGGGGCAACAACAGCAGGGACAGACCCAGAAAAAGAAGCCAAAGUUCUUCCUCUACUUCGGCCAAAACGAUCACUGGGUCGCAGAUAAAUACCGGGACGAGUUCAUUGAGCGACGCAAGAGGGAAGGCCAUAUGGGUAAAGAAGGGGGGACGAAGAUUGUGAUUGAUGAGGAUAGGAUUCCGCAUGCUUUUUGUAUUAAUCAUAGCGAGCAGGUGGCGGAGAAGGUUAGGGUGUGGGUUGAGGAGGUUUUGGAAUUGGAGGGGUAG